UAGACAUAGUCACACAGUGGUAGGAAUCAGAAAGGACGAGGACAGCAAACGAUAUGACUGAAAUUUGUCCGAAAUUUCCGCAAAUACAUCUUUGUAGUUGAACGUGAUGGAACAGUCAUCAGUUGAAGUGUAUACGCCACACCUGAAGAAGGUUUUAAAGAGUUAUCAGGCGGCAGCAGCAGCAAGUUUACACGGACCGAAUAAUUUUAUGGCUACAAGUACAACGCAAGGAGUUACGUCGCCAACGGAGAAGAUGGGGAUUGUGACGGCAGCUGGUAAAGACAAAUCGGGGCCUUCGACAACCACGUCCACAGCCACGCCAGAGAAAAAACAGUCUUCGUCCGAUUAUAAGUCGGCAUCAGAUUAUGACCCGUUUCUUGCUCCUCCUCCUUUCCCAAUUCAACAACCGCCAAUUAUUAUACCACCAGAUCAAAGUCGUUGUGAACGUUCGGAAACUCUUUUGGAAGGCGAGACUAUUUCAUGUUUUCUUGUGGGAGGAGAGAAGCGUUUGUGUUUCCCACAGGUUCUAAAUCCGGUACUUCGUGAUUUCAGUUUACCACAGAUAUAUAGCGUUUUCUCUGAACUUAAUAUCCACUUUUCCAGUUGUAACCAAGAACAGCUUGAAAUUCUUAAAGUAACGGGAGUGUUACCACUCACAGCCCCAAGCUGUGGCUUAAUUACUAAGUCCGAUGCAGAAAGGCUAUGUGCGGCACUUUUUCAUAAUCAGGAAGCUAAUCCGAAAUCAGAAACGCGGUUCUCUGAUAAACGUUUCUUUAACUUUAAAGUUUAUCAUGAAUGUUUUGGUAAAUGUACUGGGAUUUUAACUCCAGAAUUAUAUACAACACCGUAUUCAAAAUGCAUUGAAUGCGUGGAAUGCCAUGGAAUGUUAAGUCCACAAAAGUUUGUAACUCACGUUCAUCGAUUCAGCGAGAAUCGCACGUGCCAUUGGGGGGUUGACUCUGAAAACUGGCGGGCGUAUCUUUUACUCUCUGAUAAUCAGGACAAUAGUGAACAAUUAAAUGAGCAUUUGGAAGAUGUAAAAAGUAGAUUUGACUUCUCUCAGAAGUACAAAAGGAAACAGAGUGUGACUGAAGAAAGUGAAGUCUCAAAACGGCUGCGUCUGGAAGAGCAACCUUUCUUCUAUCCUUAUUCUUCAGUACCUUGGGAUCCAGCUUUAGCUUACUGGUACCACAUUACAGCUUUUCCAUGGUCAAGAAUGCCUGCAUUUAGACCAUGGGCAGCUGUACCAAGUGAAGGUGGAAAGUCCCAUUUUGUUUCCUCUUCGCUGUCUUCUCAUUUACCAUACCUUAGAGAUGGCAUGGCAGCCAGCCUACCAUCAUUUCUAGCCCAGAAUCAUGAAAGAAUUGCACAGGCUUCAACACCAUACAGACUUCAAAAUCACCAUGUGUCCAGUAUCUCGUGCCAAGAAGAAAGUAAAAUAAACUCUGAGGAUACAAAAGUUAAGGAGGAAGAUGUUGAGGAUGUUUGUGAUCUGUCUAUAUUCAAUUCAUCAGGGAGAAAGUCUGCAGAGAGUCCUCAAGCAAUUCAGAAAGAAAAGGAACAGUUAACAGAAUCUGAAGAAACAGUGUCACGGAGUAGUUCAAGUACAUUAUCAG